UAUCAGUUUCUGUACCUCGAAGUCCCUACCCUGCCUCACGAUUUGUGUAUGCUAAUUAACAGAAUUAUCGGACAGCAGAUAAAUAAAAGAUGCCUUUUAGAUGGAUUAAAUAACAUAAAGCAUUAAAACUCGGAUCAUUUUCAAAGCUAGUUUAUAUAGGAGGAGAUUAACGGAGAACGCGGUCCAUUGUGUCCUACUUUUACCCGAUGCCGAAGGAGCCCGGAAAUUAGAUUUUCAUGCGCAACCUAGCGGCCUGACUCAGUACAAGAUAUACGAAAAUUAAAAUUGUAUUGAUUGCUAAUGAUUUAUCAAAAGUCUCUGCCGUUGUGUGAAAAAGGAAGAAGUGGCUAACAUUUAUGAAGUCAGAAAAGGAUAUUGUUUAGUUGAUCUUGCGACUGAGAUAUGACGAAAGAUCGCUUAGCAGCUCUCAAAGCGGCUCAAAGUGACAAUGAAGAACAAGAUGACGUCCACACAGUCAGCAUGGUCCAGCCUGGUGGUUUUAUGGACAUGUUUUUUGAACAGGUGGAAGAGAUUCGGGGGAUGAUAGACAAAAUAGCCUUCAAUGUGGAUGAAGUCAAGAAAAAACACGGUGCUAUCCUGGCAGCUCCGCAACCUGACGACAAAACAAAGGAAGAAUUGGAGGAGCUGAUGACAGACAUCAAGAAAACUGCAAAUAAAGUCCGUGCCAGGUUAAAAGAUAUUGAACAAAAUAUUGAAAAAGAAGAACAUUCAAAUAAAACGUCAGCGGAUUUAAGGAUACGAAAAACACAACAUGCAACACUUUCCCGUAAAUUUGUGGAGGUAAUGAAUGACUACAAUGCUUGUCAAAUUGACUAUCGGGAGCGGUGUAAAGGCAGAAUCCAGCGGCAACUGGAAAUCACUGGAAGAACUACAACUAAUGAUGAAUUAGAAGAUAUGUUAGAAUCGGGAAAUCCAGCAAUAUUUACGCAGGGGAUCAUUAUGGAAACUCAAGCAGCAAAACAAACUUUAGCAGAUAUUGAAGCUAGACAUAAUGACAUUAUAAAAUUGGAGACUAGUAUAAGAGAGCUACACGAUAUGUUUAUGGAUAUGGCCAUGUUAGUAGAACAGCAGGGAGAAAUGAUCGACCGAAUAGAAUACAACGUAGAACAGGCGGUGGACUAUAUAGAGACGGCAAAAAGUGACACCAAGAAAGCAGUCAAGUACCAGAGUAAAGCUAGGCGGAAAUUAAUCAUGAUCAUCAUAUGUGUUGUAGUCUUACUCGCUGUCAUUGCAAUUAUUUUGGCUACCAGUCUGAGUUAAUGCUGCAUGUUAUAUGAACAAAAAAAGUUCAGCACACAAACUUUGAUGUGGACACUUUUAAUUCAAAUGGGGAUCAUUACCAAUUGUGAGGAGAAUUUACUGCAUGACAUUUCUAUGACUCUAGCGUACCAAAUAAUGUGUACCAGACAGUGAUAUCCUUCGCACAACAUGCUAUUAGAAAAAAAAGUUCAACAAAAAAAAUAUGAAUUAGUGAAACUGUGUUCAAAGCAACGAUCCAAGGCAGUUUUAAAUGGUUUUCAUCAACUGAACAAUUGUGUAUUGAUUUUAUUGCUGAAAAAACACAAAAAACUGCACCAAGUAGAGGUCUGAUUUUAUUUCUCUGUCGGAUAGAGACUUUGACGCAAGAACUUGUACCGUAGCAUGGUCUUCUUCCUGAUUUAGAAUUUUGUUGUAUUUAGAGACAUUUUGUAGUAUGAAGAAGCAGACAAGAUUCUAAAUUAGCUGUGUUGUUCUAAAUAUAGACUACUUUCAAUCCUCAAUCAUUCCUACUUGUGCUUUAUAUGCGAGUAGAACUAUAGAGUCAGCUGUGUCUAAAUAUAUUAUAUUUAAAUGUAUGUAUGUGAGUUCUGGUGAAAUCUUCAAACUUCUAUCCAUGAUUUUUUUUAUUGAAACUCUUUAAAUAAAACAUAUUUAUUAACUGA